GCUCACUUGAUACACAUUGUAUGAAGCAGUGACUUUUCCGCUCUAUGUAGUGCACUACAUGUCUAAAUUGGGACCGAGCCAAGCCUGGGUCGCUCGCGCGCCGCCGGGCUAGGCGGGAUUGAGGACGCCCGUUUAGGCAGAGUUUUAUAUUUAUGAAAUAAACGAUUUACACGAAUAAUUUAUAUUAUAUCUAUAUCUGUUUUAAGACAUCAAUAACGCUCCGGUGUAUUUUAAAUAUCGCGCUUCCGGAAACAGAGCGUUACGGAAUUGUUUUACGAGCAAACUGAAACCAGAGAAUUUGGCAUCGAGCUUAAUUUAACCCUGAAUUAACACCAAACAAAGCUAACACCGUGUUUAUUGAGUGCACGCGCGGUUUCUGUUACGUUUUCCACGCAAAACACUUCUGUGUUAUUAUUAUUAUUAUUAUUAUUAUUAUUAUUAUUAUUAUUAUUUUCGAAUCGUACGCGGCUGCCAUGGAGACGGGCGCGCGCCGUUUGAUCCUCUGGCGGAAACACAGUCACCACUAGAGCGCUGUCUUUUGUUCAGCGGAGUUGGUGUUGGGUUCUGUCACAGUCUCGGUGUUUUUAGGAGGUGGGGGUGGAUUAUGGCACCGCACAAGCCUGGCUCGGAUCCCUACAGACCCGCAAAAACGCACGCGCAUCCAACCCACGCCAGCAGCCUGGCCACGAGUGCUGCCAAGAGACCCAAAAUGGAGCAGCUUCAAGCCGACCACGAGCUCUUCCUGCAGGCCUUCGAGAAACCGACUCAGAUAUACCGAUUCCUUCGAACGAGGAACCUCAUGGCUCCCAUUUUUCUGCACAGGACCCUCACGUACAUGUCCCACCGCAACUCACGAGCCAGCGGCAAAAGGAAACAUUUCAGCAUGGACGAUCUGCUCUUCAAAGUGGAGAGGACGAAAACCGAGCAGGAGGCGCUCAAUUUGGCGUCACACCUGCAGCUUACCUUCACUGGCUUCUUCCAUAAAGUCGAUAAGACGCAGAACAGCGAGAACGAGGAGAGCUCCGUGUCUCUGGAGGUGCUGCUCAUCAAAGUGUGUCAUAAGAAGAGGAAGGACGUGAGUUGCCCCAUAAAACAGGUGCCUACUGGGAAGAAGCAGGUGCCGCUGAACCCUCGGGUGAAGACGGGGACGUGGCCGAUCAUCACGGUGCCCAGUCAGGAGUUUGAGCCCAGUAACAGCCACAUGGUGAAGUCUUACUCGCUGCUCUUCAGGGUCACGUGUCCUGCAGGAAGGGAGAUCAGCACCCGAGACAACAGCAUUGCUGACGAGAUCCCCAGCAGGAAGAAGCGUUACUCCUCCCACCGAGAUGACGGAGAGACAACGUUUGUAGCACAGAUGACAGUGUUCGAUAAGAACAGGCGUCUGCAGCUGCUGGACGGCGAAUAUGAAGUGUCGAUGCAGGAGAUGGAGGAGUGUCCCGUCGGCAAGAAACGAGCCACCUGGGAAACCAUUGUGGACGGAAAGUGGGUUCCUCCAUUCGACACGUUCUCUCAUGGCCCAACUCUGCAGUUCACGCUCCGCUGGACAGGCGAGGAAAGUGAUAUCGCUGCGCCACCGAUGACCCGACCCCUCGCCACACGCAACACCCACAUGAGCUGCAGCGAGAACCAGAGGACUAACACGCCUAAACCGUCACAAACAGUAGCUCUGAAAGAUCCUGUAAGCUCAGAUGCACUCUUGCGAAAAGAGCAACUUCACGUUGAGCCUCGUCAGAAACUCCGUGUUUAUUAUCAGUUUUUGUAUAACAAUAACACACGGCAGCAGACGGAGGCUCGAGACGACCUGCACUGUCCCUGGUGUACGCUUAACUGCCGUAAACUUUACAGCCUCCUCAAACACCUCAAACUGUCUCACAGCCGCUUCAUCUUCAACUAUGUGCCUCACCCAAAAGGAGCGCGGAUAGACGUUUCGGUGAACGAGUGUUACGAUGGAUCCUACGUGGGAAAUCCUCAUGACCUGCACUGCCAGCCCGGCUUCGCCUUCAGCCGCAACGGCCCUGUUAAGCGCACCUGCGUCACACACAUCCUUGUCUGCAGGCCGAGGCGCACCAAGCCGAGUCUCUCCGAGUUCCUGGAGUGUGACGAGGUACCGCUGGAGCAGAGGCGGCCGUUAGUGAGCGGCCACAACCGCCUGUACUUCCACAGCGACAGCUGCGUGCCGCUGCGUCCUCACGAGAUGGACGAGGACAGCGAGGACGAGAAAGACCCCGAGUGGCUGAGGGAGAAAACGGUCAUGCAAAUUGACGAGUUCACUGACGUCAACGAAGGAGAGAAGGAGGUGAUGAAACUGUGGAACCUUCACGUAAUGGAACACGGAUUUAUAGCUGAUAAUCAGAUGACUCAGGCCUGCAUGCUGUUUGUGGAGAACUUCGGCUCUAUCGUCGUGGAGAAGAAGCUGUGUCGGAACUUCCUGCUGCAUUUGGUCAGCAUGCACGAUUUUGGGCUGUUGAGCACGCUGACCAUCGACAAGGCCAUGGCUCGCCUGCACCAGUUUAAACCGGCCCGGAAUACCGGCAACGCAGAACCUGCGAAGGAACGCGCCUGAAGCUUAGCAGUACAAAAACUUUAGAACCUUCCCCAGAUGACAGGAGCUGCCAGACCUCUGGAUGCCAGAUCAUUCAUUUUAACCACCGAUUCAUUGGAGCUAAUGAACUACGUCGUGCUUUGAAAUAAACGUGGGUGCUAUUUUUGUACCUUUUUUUUUUUUUUUUUUUUUUCUUUUUGGCGCCAAUUUUCGAUUGAAAAUAUUUUUAAUAUAUUUUAAACAGUGUGACAAAUGGGGGUAAAGACUUUAGCCUUGGUGACUUUUAUUAUUAUUUUUUGUUUGUUUGUGUUUUGGUAAUAUAAUUAUUUCGUCUGCUGUUUUUGAAACCGUGUGUACAUUUAGGCAGCAGCAGGCUACAUGACGGCAGUUGUCCCAAUAGCACGUCCGGGGUUCAACAAGGGAUGGGCGUGGGUUAAAUUCGAUCGCCCGUCAUCACGUUGCCACUUUUUUAGCUCAACGUUCCGAUGAGCAUAAAAUCCCGAGGUGUAGUAAACGAUAUUACAAGAACGGUUUGCUAAGCAAGCCGGCUACCUAAACACACAACAGUAGCAGCAUGCUGAGUACCUAGCUAGCGAGUUUGCAUUAGACAGAAUCACUAGCAUACUUGCCUAGCAGGAGGUCGAGCCAAAGAUGUAAACAGAAAGGUAGUGAUGUCAUUAUAUUUCCAAAGCUUUGUGAUGUGCAAGUUUAAUUCAAGCUCUAUCCGGUCAAUACACGGUGCAUAAUACAGAAUUUCACAUUUUUUUGGAAAAUUGGAGGACUGUUUAACUGGUAAAUAAAUUAAUAAAUACAGUUUGAAUGUGGACACCAUUUCCUCAAAGUCCAAUUAGCCACUUAUUUGCCAAGCCAUUCUGGCUUUUUUUUUUUUUUCUUUUCCUUUAAUUUUUUCAUUUUGUCAUAAAACGAGAUUUAGACCAAGUGGUGUGAGAGAAGCUCAUUCAGAUUCAGCCUAGCGCAAAAACAUAAGGUCUUUUUAUUUCCCACCCCUUAUGUCCAUUGAUGCACGUUAUCUUGAUUCUGCUGAGUGGCGGCUCUUAUAACGAAGGCGGAGCUCAAGCUAAAACUGAUCAUCCAGCCCGCAGCUUUGAGCGUCUUCGGCUCAACGUCGCGAUUUCAAAUAUUCUUUAAUAUACCGUACGCAGUAUAAUUAGAUGGGUAACAUUUUAAAUAGAUAGCGACUUAACAUCAAACAACAAAACUGCUUAGCUAGCUAAAGUUAGUGUUGUCUUUAGCUAGUCGAACGGUUAUAAAGCCAUUAAAAAUCUGUCAUUUAAUGUAAUUCAGGGAUGCGUAAAGGUAUCGGAACAAUCUGUUAGCGGUUUAUUUAAAGAAUUUGCGUACACAUCAGAGUAGGGCUGGGCGAUAUGACUAUCAUCUCACAAUAUUCUGACAUUUCUACGAUACAUGGUGCGUAGCGUGAUGUAUAUUAUAGCUAACAAACUGUCUGCAAAACAAGUAAAACAAACACAAAACUGUUCAACUGAGUUUGACGAUACGUUUCUUUAAUUCCGGCAAAGACAAAAAUACAUUUAUUUAUUUUUAUUUUAUUUUUUUACUUCAAAUCAACGGUGUCCGGUGUUCAGUAGCAUUUAAUGUGUAAUAAUUAAAAAUGUCAAAUAAUAAUACAUCACCAUACCGACUAUAUCUCGGAAAAGUGUAAUCAUUUAUCACAGUAUCAAGAUGAUAUAUUAUCGAUAAAUAUUGCCCAGCCCUACAUCAAAGAAGUGAGAAACGAAGCAGGAAAGCUAUGUUUAGAUGCACUGUGGUGCUGUGCAGGUUAGAGAUUAAAAGGCAAGACCUCAGGAAAGCUCAGCAGUAAACAAUCAGGGUUUCGUUAUAACACCAUGAUGGAUGGAAUUUUCUUGACGUCUUGUUUCAGACUUUUAACCAGCACCUGAGCUGCAGCAAUGCUAUAGGCGGAAAUGUCGAGCCGUUCAAUACGCCAGGUCACGCACACGUUUUCCUGUGACUGUUCUUCUGCCCAUCCGUAGGUCGAGUCAAAGAAGUGGCAUCGAAGGCUAGCAUUUCAAUCAUGUACAAGAAUAACUUGCCCUUGUUGACCUCGACACGUCCGUUACUCUGCAAAAUCAGUUUGUGCUGCUGCUAGAGGACACACACACACACACACACAAAAGAGACAGAGUGCUGUGGUUAAAGGUGCUGAAACUUAAGUGUGAAUGUCUGUAGCUGUUGCACUGAAACUGGGAGGUACACACCAGGCAUGUGCCGGUAAUCAAACACACGAUAUAAUCAGGAUGCUGUGAAAUAUCUGCAUUAUCUCUUUCUCGUGUUUUCCAUUUUGGAGCAGAUGUUUGUUGUGAUAUUAAGUAGCUCGCAAUGUUCUUCCCGAUAUUCCGUUUACCUGUACCCACCGUCAUUGGCCAGCCUUUCCUCAACCGACUAACUAACUUGGACGUACGCUAGCUAGGAAGUCGCGUUUCGAGUUGGUCAUCGGUCAGACAUUCGUCACAGCAGUUAGUCCUCAGCUUAAAAUACAACACACGAGUUCACGCUAGCGAUCUACCGAACACAGGUGGGAGGGAGCGUGUCCAUGUUAACCAGGGUCCUAUAUUCCGCAGGUUUACAUGGCACAUAAUGAACACGUGGGAAAAGUGGUCCCGGGCUCCCCAGUUCGCAGGGUGCUAUGUUCCUCAACUCUAUGUAGCACAUAAUGGGAACCUUAAAGACGCGUUCCUAGCUGAGUAUUCGGUUAACAUGACACGGGUUAUAGUGGGAACACGUCAAAGGGGUUUCCCGAUACAAUAGGUCUAGACUUGAGGGAACUAAACAAAUUCUUGGAGUCGUGGAAUCACAAAAGGUCCUAGCUUCCUUAGGUGAAAACUAGUAUACUAUGUUUUUGAAUCGAACUCUCAUGAUGACUCGUAUCUAUUUUAAUUCAGUUUGGUUUCACCUGCAAAUGCUAGUGUUUUUUUGUUUUGUUUUGUUUUUUUUUUUCUUUUAUGCAUUUAGUUUAAUCAAGUUAAUUUCUAACACCUUUGUUUGUUUGAGCUGUGAUUGACAUGAUCUCACUGCUCAAAUGUCCAAAUACCCAUGCAGUGAUCUCAUUAUAUUACGUGCCAUAGAAAUCUGGGGAACAUGGGAAUGACCCACAUUGUUCCAAUGUGGACUCGACCGCUUUGCCUUUUAAACAGUUAGCGAUCAUAGUGAAGAGUAUCUAGUUAAUAAGUGCUAGUUACUCGGCUACACUUCCUGUUAGCUAAGUUUAAAGAUAAUUGGCAGUUGAGAAACAUACCUAGUGAGUAACAGCAUCCAGAAUUGCUCAGUGUAUGUGUGUAGAUUAUCAGCAAAUGCUGUCCAAUUAGCACAAGGACAACUUUCUUUUUAGAUUUUAAGCACAUACGAAGGCAGUGUUUUAUGUCACCUAUGCUUGAAGUCAGAUAAAAAUAAUUUUAAUAAAAAGGCUGGCCAGUGAGGACAGCUACAGCUAAACAUUGUGACACGCCCAUUCAAUAUCGGCACAUGCCUAAAGCGCGCGCACACACUCGUGUAUACAGGGUAACACACACUCCCAGCCUUGUGAGCAGGGAGAGACCUUGCAGAAAUGUUUACACUUGAUUUAUAUGUACUUCAUGCAGGAUGCAGACGUUUUGUGUGGAUAUUUUAGUCAAAUAGGUUUUGUUUGUUUUGUAGGGGGAAAACAUUAGGAAUGCACUGAUCCAUAUUUUUCUUUUCUUUUGUGUUUUUUUUUCUUUCUUUCUUUUUUUUUUUUUUUCUAAAGUUUGCUGUUUAUUUCUGCACAGUUCAAAUCGAGUUGCAAUAGUGAAGCAUAAAUACAGGACUAGUUUAGUUAUUUAUGCUCUCAUAUAGUGACAUCCCAACAUGCUCCUGUGCAGUAUGAGGAGCACUGAUUUUUGAUUUUAAACUAGGGUUGGAUUUUUAGAACAGUCCCAGUCAAAAUACUAUAGAACGAUAACCUUCACAGCGAGAAAAUGAACAGUGGAUCAGACAGGAUCAUAUCGAAUACUGUCUGAUAGUCCGGAUCAGAUCGGUGCAGCAUCCCUAGUGAGAAGUGCAGGUUCGACACCCACCCCCCCAUUUAUAUUUUUAAUAGCAACAUAUGUUUUCCUUCCUGCUGAUAAUGUUUCGAAUAAUUUCCUGUGUCUUUUUUUGCUGUUUUACUUUGCUUUAACCAAAAUGCAGUGACGCGCACGUGCCGCUAAUCAGGUAUACAAUACUUAACGAUAUUCUGGACGUGAGCCAUCAAAACACUCUCUGUCUCAUGAGAAUCCUUAUCUUGGAUACAAGAUGGCGUCUUGUCUUCGGCAGAGAAGGCAGUACCGUAAAUUUAGUUUAGUUUGAAAAACACAGUAAAUAGAGCUCAUGCUUCCGGCACGGUUUAUAUAUAAACCCUGAUGCAUGUUCAGGAUACGUAUACAAAACACAACUACGCUUGUCUUGUUUCUUAUCGUUAUCUCGGCCCGUCUUUUUAAUUACGGUUUCGAAACUCGUCAUGCUGUUGUAAGAAAAUUCUUGCUACUCUACCUACUACACCUAAUGGAGAAACGGAGGCCGUGUAAAAAUGUCGUCAGCCUUCUACCAAACCAUUCUCUAAAGAUCAGUAUUGUAUUGUAGAACUGAUUAUCGGCACUUAGCUGUACUGUGUAAUGGGGAAUAGAUGCAGAAAAAAAAAGAGGAUUAUAUCUCGAGGUUUUUUUUUUCAACGGAGUCGAGUUCACAUACCAAAGGGAGCGACGCUACUGCAGUUCUUUGAAACUCUUCGCGCGUCCAUUUCGAAGGUUUCACUUUGAUUGCGCUGGAGCUGUGUGAGAUUUCUUUUUAAAUUCUGCAGAAAUGUGACUUUACCAGCUAAAAACCUUUUUUCAGAGCCUCAAAUGGAGACGAGCAUCGUUUGCACAAGAUACGGCUGGCCAUGAGGGAAAGGAAAAAAAAACUGAUAAGAGCCAGCUUGUUGGUGCUUUUGUGCUCAAGAAGAGUUGUUUUGUUUCCUAUUUAAAAAUAAUAAUAAUAAUAAUAAUAAUAAUUAAUAAUAAUAAUAAAGAAUUUUUCAUUGCCAAUGA